UACACUCAUGUUUAAUGAAUGCGAACUGUAAUUUAGGUCCCGUACAGUGUCGGUUUCGAACUGCAGAGUGAAGUCGCCAUGUCACAUUCGUGCUCUAAGUUAAUAGGGUUAUUAUAGGGAAACGCAGCGCGGUGACUCGAUGACUCCUUAUCUUGUUUGGGAUCCGUUAUUACAUUGCUGAAUGCCACCGCUGAGUUUUGAAAAAUCUAAGCCACGCUCAUCAAGAAGAUGGACAGCUAUGGGUUCUCCAGUGACAUGUUCAGUGGCAGAGCAGUUUUGGGAGAGGACAGCUCGGUUAUGGCCCGAAUGCAGAAGAAGUUCUGGAAGACCAAGCAGGUUUUGAUCAAGGCCACGGGGAAGAAGGAAGAUGAGCAUGUGGUGGCGUCUGACGCAGACGUUGAUGCCAAAUUGGAGUUUUUCCGUUCAGUCCAGAGCACCUGCACAGAACUCCUGAAAGUGAUUGAGAAAUACCAGCAAAGAAUCACACACCUCUCUCAAGAGGAGAAUGAGCUCGGACUGUUUUUGCGCUUCCAGGCAGAGCAUGAUAAAACAAAAGCAGGCAGUAUGAUGGAUGCCACUAGUAAAGCACUCUGCUGUUCUGCCAAGCAAAGGUUGGCUCUGUGCCCCCCCCUCCAUCGUUUGGAACAGGAAGUGGAGACGUUUCGAAGGAGAGCCAUCGCAGACACCCUGCUGACCGUGAGCCGGAUGGAGAAAGCCCGGACUGAGUACCGCGGAGCUCUGCUCUGGAUGAAGGACGUCUCGCAGGAGCUGGACCCAGAUACUUACAAACAACUGGAGAAAUUUCGUAAGGUUCAGGCCCAGGUACGAGGAACAAAAGUGCAUUUUGAUAAACUGAAGAAUGACGUGUGUCAGAAAGUGGACAUGCUGGGAGCCAGUCGCUGCAACAUGCUUUCACAUUCCUUAUGUACUUACCAGACAACGCUCCUGCAGUACUGGGAGAAGACUGCACAUGUGAUGUCUGGCAUCCAUGAGGCCUUCAAAGGAUAUGUACCCUACCAGUUCACCACUCUUAAAGAAUUAAGGGACCCACUGGAUCAGAUUGUCUCCGCACAGACAGAAGAGGACAGCAAAGACGAGGACAAGAAGACACAACCAGACAAUCUUGUUUCACUUGAAGAUGAACAGCUGGGUGAAUCAUCUGAUACUGUUUCUACUCGUGCAGUAGAUGGACAGAGUAGAGGAUCUGACAGUUCUUUGUGCGCCAGUCUGGAUUCGGCAUUGAAUGAACAAUUAGGCCCCAUUGGUGGAACUAGCACAGAUGACGACCUCUUAUUAUUGAACCCUGAGCCUGUUCCGAUCCCUUCCCUCACUCCAACCUUGACCCCAAUCCUACACCCAUCUAUGUCCGUUAUGCAGCCUCAGAUACUGCAGGAGGCCUCAGUGCCUCCUGCUAUUCAGUGGGGUGUAGGCGUCUCACAUGAGGAAACGCAAGAUGCCUUACCCAGCAGUCUACCACCUGAAAUAGUAGGCAGAGAUCUGUUGUCUGAGGCUUUCGACUCUGCGGGGGUGAAAGAGGAAGAGGGAGAGAGAGGAGACCUGGCCUUCCUGCAGGAUCUGCUGAGUCCUGGAGCUGCGGGUGGCGCUAGUGAGUUUAGUAAGGCAUGGCAGGACGCUUUCGGCUGUUUUGAGGCCCCUCCUGCUCCUGUUACUGCUCCUUCACCACAACCAGAAAUGACAAACACGCCCACUGGCUUCCUGCCAUCACAACUCCUGGACCAUAGCCUUAGCGCCACAGGAUGGGUGACUCCACCGAUGUUUCAAGCCCCGCCCCUCCAGCCACCUUCCAGUGGAGCACAGCCUACCCAGAAUAGUCCACACUCUUCUGCCAGAGCCCCUAAAGGAAACUCCAGGGACAUGUCUGCCUGGUUUAACCUUUUUGCAGAUCUGGAUCCUCUGUCCAACCCAGAUGCUAUUGGACGCAGCGAUCAAGAGUUCCUCAAUGCUUGAGUGAAGGAUGAUCUGAAGCUGAAUCGCAUCCCAAAUAUUCUUUGACGGAAAGGAGUGCAUAUCCCAAGCCUUUAUUCGGAGCUGGAACACUACCUCUCCUGAAACCAUUCAACCUGAGCCAAGGAAGCAUCCAGAAAUCUCCAUCCAUAUCCAACACCGGAACGUUUCUGAGAUAUGAGACCGUGUCUGUUUUCUCCAUUCUUUCACUGUGUGUGUGAAUUUACUGUAUGUUCUUUAGGACACCGAAGGGUGAAAUGUUGAAGACUUCAUCUCUAUAUCACUAGUGUGGUUACCUGAAAGUAAACUAUCUGUUACUUUAUGAAGCGCACAUGUUUAAAGGGACAUGAAGGUGAGGAUUUGCCUAGGACCAAAAAAGAAAUAAACUUGUUUGCUUUGUACAACAGGGGAGUUUUAAUGUCCAGAAACAGGGUUUAAGAUUUAUAACAUCUAUUAUAGAUUAUAGACUGUAUUUUUAAUCCGAUACCCAAAUGUGUGAAGUUGCACAUAAAUCACAAAAAAUAUUUUUGAAGUCUUUCACUGGAUUAGUUUAACCCUAAAUGAUUAAAUAAAUGAAAUUAUUUAUUAAUAUAAUAGUGUUACUGUAAACUACAUAUGCAAGUGGUGUGCUGUGCCAUUAGUUUGAUGGGAAUGAGAACGUCAUAUUUGUUUUUAAUGAUUCUCUCACUCAGAGAAAUAACUUGUCCCAAAUGUUCUUUACUCUCACACUGUGAUGCAAAACACUGGAAUGUGUUUGUGAACAUGUUUUUGUAUGUGAUUUUAUUUCGUAUCUCACCUUUAGCACAGAAUUGCAUAACUGUCCUACUCUAGGAGACAUUAUUUCAUUUCAUUUUGUCCCAGAUGAUCAUGUUUAGACUCAUCAGGAGUGACUAUGAAAAACUACGACCAAUCGGUUUUCUGUUGCGUCAAUAAAAUCAAGUUAUCGCUUGCACUAAAAUGUUUCCGAGUGCAGUCUCGGGAUUGUUCUAGAAUGUAUGUUGUCUGUUUCGACACGUUUGUUGAUCUGAAAAGCUUGUCUAGCUGAAGAGUGUACAUUUCGCACAGGAUUUCAUAGUCAAUGAAGCACGUUUUUUUUUUGUCUUUGAGUGGUUUAACAUUUUGAAGUGUCACUUUCUGUAUUAGAGGACCGUUGUGUUUGGAACUAUAUGUUUAGAUGUUAUUGUAUCACUUGUCUUGUUUUUUUACUUGCAAAACUAAAAGAAUGUACACACCAUUCGCAGCUGCUUUCAUCUGUUUAUUUUAUGCAACUUUGCCUUUUGUUUCAGUUUAAAUAAUGUACAAUUUCAUCGAAGGAACCUGGAAUGAAAGAUCUUGCUUUUGAGAGCAAAUAAAUUUGAGUAGAAUUCC